GACAUCUCCGAGGACGCACACACUUUUACGCACAGCCAGUCCUUGGCCGCUCUUUGUGCUAAAAGCUGUGAAAAAUAAAGAAUAUCAGCGCUGAUGCUUUGCGGUUUGGAGAACCUGAAGUAGGAAAUGGACUGCUCUCGGAUUUUCACUUUUUUGUGAAUGGGGAUGGGCCGUGCGUAAAGAUCUUUUCAUCGAAAGAAGAGCUGUCACUCUCCCACCUGUUGCCAGGUGGUAUUGGCUUUAACUGCGGAUAUCUACUAUGACAUUAGGUUUGGAAAUCAUGGAGGAUAUUGUUAUCGACGUAGUGGGGGAAGGACUCAAAGACAGCGGAGAGGAGCAGCUCUUACCUUUGGAUGAGUCGCGAAGCGAGCACGAAGACAGCACGGAGACAUCCAGCAGCCAGGAUAAAGACAGAGAGACUUGCAGCCCUGCAACAGCGAGUCUCCCUGCUCCUAAAACCAAAGGUCCCGCGUCAGUGAAACCUCCAUACUCAUACAUCGCUCUGAUAACCAUGGCCAUACUUCAGAGUCCAAAAAAACGCCUCACGCUGAGCGAGAUAUGUGACUUUAUCAGCCACCGCUUCGUUUAUUAUCGGGAGAAAUUCCCCGCCUGGCAGAACUCUAUCAGACACAAUCUGUCGCUCAAUGACUGUUUUGUAAAGAUGCCAAGAGAGCCCGGGAACCCCGGGAAGGGCAACUACUGGACGCUGGAUCCUAAUUCCUCCGACAUGUUUGAGAACGGGAGUUUCCUGCGGCGGAGGAAGCGCUUCAAGCGGCAGCAUUUUCGCUUCGACCCGCUCAAAGAGCAGCACCUGGAGCCCAGCGCGCUCCACGGCUUUCCACACAGCGCUUACGGGCUCGGCACGGCGGCUCUGCAGCUGCCAAGUCUGGAGAUUUACCCCUACCUCCAUCACCACGCGCCCUCGCCGUGCGGCCCCGCCACCAUCCCACCUGUGAGCAGCAUCCUGCCGGCUCUCUCCAGCUUCUUCUCGCGUAGCGCCCUAUCAGCCAAAGCUUUCCUUCAGUCGCAGCCGGGCAUCGACGCAUUCUCCCCGGCCCAAUGCACCGCUUACUCUCCUCUGACCUCCAGCGCUGCAUACGUCUCUCCUGCGCUCUUCCACCCGGCGGCGUCUCCGCAUUUCCUCAGUUUACACCAGGAGUACCAGAAACUACAGACUCAGCGUGGCAUCGGUGACCUGGCCAAACACAUCCACACUAACGACGAAUAAUCCCCCCUUAAAGCGGACUUUAAUCUGUAUUUUCUCAGGUAACAGAGACAUUUGAAGCAGAUGGUUGCAGUGGAAAUGGGAUGGAUCUGUUUUUACAAGAAUGUUGCAGAAAUGCUAAAAAACUUUCCCUCGAUCUCCCCAACUUUAUUGCAAAAACAACAACAAAAUAAUAAUAAUAAUAAUAAUAAGCGGGCGCCUUUUAAAAAAAUCUGAUCACGAAUU